AUGGAGGAUCCCAUCCGUGUCGAAGCAGGCUCAGCGACUUGCCUGGCGGCCGUCUUUUGGAUGAAGUACGCAUUGCUUGUACAGUGCGUUUUCAGCGGUGACCACGUGUCAACUUGUUUGCCAGAUUUUGCCACCAAGGACAGCGCCAAGACGUGCCUCGAUUCCUUGGAGAUCCACGCUUCACAAAAGUUUGCGACGCCUUUGUUGAAUAAUGUGUUUGAAAUGGUUGUCCUCAGUUCAGACGACGGGUCUUCCUUCAUUUUGGGCGCCGACAAACGGGCGUUUGUGAGGUGGCAACAGCAAACGACUACGUUGGAAGAAAUGGUGCAAGCCGUUGCCCAUCAUUUAAAG